AUGUGGUACACUGUGGUUCUGGGCGUUGAAGUGGAUGGUACCAUGGAGAGGAUUGUUCCCAGGUUUGCUUUGGGAACCCAGGAGUUUGACAUCUGGAAGGACUACCUGCAGCUGUCGCUGAAGGUGGAGGAGCUGUGUCGGCCUGGGAUGGAUGAUAGCGAGCCAGCGGAUGUGCCCGCCGCUCCCGCUCCCCUCUUCGCUGGCACCGUACGCCCGCGGCUGUUGUCGUCGUCCAGCGAGUCCCCGCCCGACUGUGACGGUCCCGGCAAGAACGCGGGCAGCAUCUGCACCUUCUGCAAGCACAACGGCGAGUCACGCAAGGUGUACACCUCGCACAUGCUGAAGGCUGAUGGCGGGAGGGUGGUGUGCCCGAUCCUUCGCAACUACAUUUGCCCGCUGUGCCAAGCCACGGGCGACUCCGCGCACACCCUGAAGUAUUGCUGCUUCAACCCCGACAAACAAUCCCUCUACCGCAACCACGGGCGUAACUCAGUGGGCAAGAAGUCGCGUCGCUGACUGGCCGGCCAAAGUCUACCAAACAAGAGACCUCCUUCUAAAACUUGAAACACAAGCAGAGAAACCUUGUAGGCAGCCUAAGUCAACUGGAUAAGAGACUUUCUUCUAAAACUUGUAACAGACAAACCUUGUAGAUGGCCAAAGUCAACGGGACAAGACACCUUCUUCUAAAACUUGAAACACAGGUGGGAAAACCUUGUACAUGGCCAAAGGCAA